AUGAAUUUAGCCACAGUUGUCAUUGACAAUGGAACAGGAUAUACAAAGAUGGGAUAUGCUGGAAAUAUGGAGCCAAGUUAUCUUAUUCCAACAGCUAUUGCAGAUUCAAGAUAAAAGGGAGCUACAAAGGUCUCAAACUAGACUGAGUUUAAGAACCCAGAGCUUGACUUCUACAUUGGAGAUGAAGCCUAUGCCCAUUAAAAGACUCACGAUGUGAAAACUAUAAUUAGAAGUGGAUAGAUCGAAGAUUGGGAGGCAAUGGAGAAAUUUUGGCACAGAGCCAUAUACUCUUAUUUGAGAUGUGAGCCAGAAGAACAUAGAUUUAUAUUGACUGAGCCACCAAUGAAUACCCCUGAGAACAGAGAAUAAAUGGCAGAAAUUAUGUUUGAGACCUUCAAUGUCAAAGGUCUUUUCAUUGGAGUGCAAGCUACUCUUGCUCUCUACGCUCAGCUUUGCGGACCAGAAUCAACCAACAAAUCAAUAAGCUAAGCAGAUCUCAGUGGAACUGUUAUUGAUUCUGGUGACGGAGUUACCCAUGUUUUCCCAGUCAGUGAUGGAUUUGUCAUUGGAAGUUGUGUUAGACAUAUCCCCCUCGCAGGAAGAGAUAUUACAAAAUUCAUUUUGCAACAUUUAAGAGAUAGAGGUGAAAAGAUUCCAUCUGACGAUGCCUUAGAUAUUGCAUAGAAGGUCAAGGAGAGAUAUGGCUAUGUCUGCAAAGAUGUGGUUAAGGAAUAUCAGAAAUUUGAUAAAAAGACAGUUGAUGAGAGUGGAAGAGUCCAAUAGUCAAAUAAAUUCAAGAAAUACACUCAUAAAUCUGCUGUAACAGGAGAGACGACUGAAAUUGAUGUUGGUUAUGAGAGAUUCUUAGGUCCAGAGAUGUUUUUCCAUCCUGAAUUCAUCCAUUAAGACUGGAGAUCUCCUUUAGAUGAAAUUGUCGACAACGCCAUUUAAUCAUCCCCCAUUGAUACUAGAAGAAAGCUUUACGAAAACAUCGUACUCUCUGGUGGUAGCACUCUGUUUACUGACUUCGAUAACAGACUCAAAAAGCAAAUUCAAGAGAGAGUCGAUGAUAGAUUCAAGCAAUAUCAAUAGUUAACUGGCUAAGCACCAAAACCUAUUAAUGUUAACGUAUCCCAAAAUAUGGUUUAAAGAUAUGCAGUUUGGUUCGGUGGUAGUGUGCUUGGUAGUUCAGAUCACUUCCCAAAGAUAUGCCACAGCAGAGAGGACUAUAUGGAAAGAGGACCAUCAAUUUGCAGACACAACCCAGUGUUUCCAGCUGGAUUCUGA